GAUGUGGGUUGCACGACGCAAGCCAAAAAAAGAAUAUCUGUCGGCCUUUUAAACAUGCAUUUCCACUUGCUUUUUUUUUGUGUUUUCAUUCUCACAAGCGUAGUGAAUGAGUGAUACAAGAAAUGAUCAGAUCGAUGUUGAUAAUUCAACGAGUACCUUCACUUCAGCUUUGUGGUUCAAUGCGGUAUUAGCUGUUGGUUUCUUUGGCAUCUUCAAUAUUCUAAGAACAACAAGACCACAAACUUAUUCACCAAGAAGUUAUGCAGUUGAGAAAGAGAGACGCCCACCACCAUUGCCGAAAGGUUAUAUAAAAUGGAUAUUUGCUCUAUUACGAAUACCGGAUGAGCAGCUUAUCAAAAGUAUGGGCCUUGAUCGAUACAUGGUCCUAAAGCUUCUUCGUAUGGGCAUGGUUACCUUCAGCAUCUAUUCGCUCGUUGCCAUUCCUAUUUUAUUCCCCGUUAUCACCAUUAAUCAGGGCCAGUUGAGUGGAUUGAAUUAUUUGACGAUGGGAAAUAUCAUAGACAGUCAUCGUACAUGGGCCAAUUGUUUAUUGGCUAUUCUUUUGUCAGCUCUUGUUUGGUACUACACCUUUCGUGAAACGCGUAUAUACAUCAACUUGAGAAGAAAAUACUUACUUAGUCCAGAGUAUGCAAACACCGUAGCAGCCCGCACUGUGUUUGUGCCCAGUAUCCCUGCAGAUGUCAAUACUGUAGAGCGUCUUGAGAAGAUAUUCAGCCAGUUCCCUGGUGGUGUGCGCCGUGUUUGGCUUAAUAGAAAAUUAAAAGAUUUGCCCGACCUGGUCGCUGAUCGAGACAAAGCAGUCAACAGUUUAGAAGCUGCUGUAACUAAGGCGAUCCUUGCCACUUAUAAGUAUCAUUUGAAAAAAGGUGAUCUCAAUCGUGUAGAAGAUGGUGAGACCAAAGAUAUUCCCGAAAAGAUUAGACCGACACACCGUGAGCAUUCACUGCCUGUUCCUUUACCAUUCAUUGGACAUAAAGUAGAUACCAUUCGAUUUUACCAUAACAAGAUCAAGGAAUUAAACGAAACCAUUCAGCAAAGGCAACAAGAAGCACCUGACUUUGACCAAGUCAAUUCAGCCUUUAUUGAGUUUCAUAACCAAGCUGCAGCUCACAUGGCUGCACAGACUUUGAUCCAUAAAGAUGCAAUGCAUAUGGCACCUCGUUAUAUUGGUAUUGCUCCUUCCGACGUUAUUUGGGAUAACAUGGGCAUCCGAUCCUUCGAACGUCUUGUACGACGAUUUAUCAGUAUGCUUAUUACUACUGCUAUCGUCAUCUUUUGGGCUGUUCCAGUUGUCUUUGUACAGGCUGUUGCCAACUUGCAAAAGUUAUCUCAAGUCUUACCUUUCCUUAACGGUCUUAAUGCCUUGGGUCCUACUGCUGUAGGCAUCAUUCAAGGUAUUCUACCUGCUGUUGCCCUGGCUAUUUUGAUUGCCCUUGUUCCUGUGAUCUUUACAUUUUUGUCUAAAAGUGAAGGUAUCCCUCAGACUUCCUUUGUCGAAUUGUCUGUUUUGCACAAGUUCUUCUUCUUUCAGCUCAUCGAUGUCGUCCUUGUCUCUACGCUUUCCGGUGGUUUCUUUAGUAUGGUUGAUCAACUCAAAACAAUUGCUCAAAAUCCCCUGAUCGUCGUAAAUAUCCUGUCUGAGAAUUUACCACAGGCCUCUACUUUCUUUAUCACCUUUGUCAUGCUUCAAGCCACGAACCAAUCAGGUCAAACUAUGCUUCAACCAGUCCCUUACUUACUAUCGUAUAUCAAACCCAUAUUUGCGACAACACCUAGAGACAUAUACAAUCAAAAGAGAACCUGCCCGACUGUCAACUUGGGUACUUUGAUCCCUGGCCAAACUGUCAUCUUCAUUCUCGGUCUAGAAUACGGUGUGAUCGCGCCAUUGAUCUUACCCUUCGUCUGUCUCUUCUUCUGUCUACAGUACUUCGUCUACCUGUAUCAGUUCUUGUAUGUCUUUGAGCUUAGCUAUGAAACCGCUGGCCGUGCUUUUCCUAGAGCCAUCCGUCACAUUUACAUUGGUCUAUUUAUCUCUCAGCUCACUUUGAUCGGUCUCUUUGCUAUUCGAAAAGACGCACUGGGUCAAAUGAUUCUCAUGAUCAUUACCUUGAUUCUAACUGCUUUUGCUCUGUUUUAUUAUGACAAAGCGUUCAAGCCUCUCUUUAAAUUUCUUCCAGUAUGCGCCUUUGAACCUGUGGAAAACAAAGUGGAUCUGGUCAAGGGUGAAUCUGUCACCUCCGAUAGCUCUGAUUUAACACAUCACAACCAUGCUGAUGCUGCACCUCAGACUUCCCCUCUUACCAAAGUGGCAACCCAUAGCCCAACUCGUACACCCACAGAAGCCUUUGAGGCCCGUCGACACUUACUUGAUCGACUUCAUGAUGAAGAGCUUCAUGACGACAGAAAGCUCAAGGUAGAUGAUCCACAGGUGAUAAAUACGGCCAAAUCGCUAUAUGCCACAGAGGCUUACAUGCAUCCCUCUGUCUAUGCUCCCAAGCCUACAGUUUGGUUACCAGAAGAUGACUUAGGUAUCACGCAGAAGGAAAUAAAGGAUUUGAAGGACUAUGAUAUGAAUGGCAACCAUCGUGGCGCUACUAUUGUCCGUAAUCGUAAGGGUAAAGGACAUGUGACGAUUGAUGAAAAUCGCUUGAUUAUCGAGGGUGAAGGUAUUCCUGGUGCAGCUCCUAUGGCAGUUAACAUGUCUAAUGUGAAUAACUACGUGCGUGUCCUUGUGGAUAGCUAUAACCUUGCUGAUGCCGCACUAAUGUAUUAGUUUUUACCUUAUUCUUUAAUACUUACUUAAUGUCUUUUUAAUAUCCUUACUUUAAUAAAUAUAUUCUCUAAUAGUUCUGGUAAUUCAAUUUGAAAGUAUCACGUUUUUUUUUUGUUUUCUUUUGAGUAGGACAGAUCACGAAAGAACAAACAAGUUGACUACUGCUACAUCAGAAGUAGGAUAUGGCACUGCUGACCACUAUUCUGUUGUCUUUUCAAAAGCCAAUUACACAAGUAUCUCAAAAUAUGCAGUAGUACAUGAACACAGUAAACUUGCUCAUGACCGCAGUCUUUUGUUUUUGUAAAAAGUAUCACGAAUUUCCAAAUGCGUAGAGAUGUCCGCGUUCUAUUUUUGUUUACAAAAUGAAAGUCGCAUGGUACCAAGUUUAUACCUUGUUCAAUAGUCGGAAUGUUCU